AUGGACGCUAACAAAGAAAUCAGCGAUGCAUGUGACAGGAAUGAGUCAUUACACAAAUUUAACAUACCAGUAUUGAAAUUUUAUCUUAGGAGCCGCGGGCAGCAUGUGUCAGGGAAUAAAUCAGAACUUAUUGAAAGAGUGAAAGGCACACACCGACUGGGUUUACGUGAUCUAAAUAGUGUUAUGCAGGAAGAUAAUGAUCUCGCUGCAAAAAGAUUGACAGAAAAAUUGAAAACACCUCUCGGCAAAACUUUAAAGCAUCCCGACUAUAUCGACACGUGGUCGAGUGAUUACACAAACAUUCCGGAUAUAACUGAGAAGGAUGUGUACAAUUACUUUGUGUUUAAAAUCCAAACAAAACGUCAGUUGAAAGCAAAGGUCAUGUUCGAAGAUAGACAUGUACACAGUAUUGAGGUCAAUGAGUCUAGUGAAAAUGACAGUCACUGUUUUGUACGAUGCAGAGUAAUUCAAUCAAUGCCAACGUCUAACAAGUCAAAGCCUUGUGAUUAUGCCACAUGGGUGAUGUUAUCCAAAGUGACUGGCUGUGUACAUUCGGCUGACUGUGGAUGUCAGGCAGGUGAGAGUGAAGGUUGCAACCACAUUGCUGCUUUUCUUUAUGCAUUGGUAGACAUCACUGAGAAGAAGAAAAAUGGCACCCUUGCUCCUACUUCAGUGAAAUGUAAGUGGAAUAACCCAAGGAAAAGGAAACUUACACCCAAAAAGUCACAAGACCUUGACUUUCAGAAAGUAGUUCAUGGAAAAACAGUUGCCAAAAAACUGCUGAACGUGUACAAUGUUGACACAAGUGUAAAUAUAGAUAGAUUGAAGCAAAAGCUGCUAAAUGGUAAUUCUCAGGCAGGAUGGCUGAAAAACUUUCAAUUGCAGACAAGUAAUGUGCUAUUACCAAAACUUCACAGUAUCAACUUCAACUUUCAUGACUCUGUUGACAUUAACUCCGAGUACUGUGAGAAUAUAUUCCGGGAGUAUUUUGAAUCAUUAAGUAUGACUGAAGAUGAUUGUGUGAAAAUCGAAUAUAUGACAAGAAAUCAAAAUGACUCUCACUUCUGGAUGGAGGCUAGACAUGAAAGACUUACUGCUUUCAACUUUGGACAGAUAAUUAGAAUGAAAGAAACAACCAAGCCCGAUUCAUUAUUGAAUUCCCUUAUGGGGUAUAAAACAUUCACAUCAAGUCAUGGUUUGAAGCACGAACCCGCAGCCAGGAGAAGUUACAGACGGUACAUGCAACAUGAGCAUCCAGGUUUAAGUGUUAAGAAAAGUGGGUUAUUAACAAACACAAAAUAUCCCUACUUGGGUGCUAGCCCGGAUGGUUUGAUCGACUGUACUCACUGCCAAGACCCAAAUGGACUUCUUGAACUAAAAUGCCCAUCAUCCCUUAAAUGGAGGAUGAAAACUCCAGCAGAAUGUUCAGAGGAUCCAACAUUUUUUUGCGCACAUGUUGAAGGGAGAGUAGCUUUGAAAAGAAAACACAGUUACGAUUUUCAAGUUCAGGGACAGCCAGGCCUCAGUGGUCGAAAAUGGUGCGACUUUGUUGUGUGGACAUGCAUGGGACUCUCCAUAGAGAGAAUUGUUUUUGAUGCGGAUGUUUUCGUAUCCAUGGUGAAAAAAUUUGAACAAUUUUACAUCAAGGCCUUCAUUCCCGAACUAUUCACACAACGUAUUAGGAGAGGUGUAAGAGAUGACAUUACGGCGGAGAAAUGA